CUUCCUGCAUUUGAAAGCCAAGCCAUGAGGUGUCUAGAUCUAUUUGGAAUACUGUCUCAGUAUCUAACUCUCCAAAUCAUCUUUGGUGAUCGACUUUGUUUUGACACAAUAUGUUAUAAAUUACCCUCCGUGGCCAUUAACCGGAGCUUGUUGGCUGAAUGCGCUUGCGGAUUCUUCAUGGCCGGUGUUAAAGGUCUUAAUCAAAUAUCUCAAUUUGAUCCAGAGACAUGCAAAACCGAAUUUGCAACUACUAGUGGAUCCAAGACGACAGAGGUCCAACUCAGAGCUCCAAACUACUCAACCCCUCCCGUGGUUCUGGAAGAUGAUGCCAGGGGAGGUUCAUCAGGGUCUUAUGGUUCAAUCAAUGUUUUCAAGGACUCGUGCAAUGUUGCGGCGGGUGGCAGGAUGUGGUUGGCAGAUGGAAAUGACGUCAAAUUCAUUUGGGAUUUAGGCAGCCUCUACAAACUUUCAAAGGUGGUGUUUCGAAAUUCGAGGAACUUCAAUACUAACACACGGCAUGUUCAAGAGUUUAAAGUGUCUAUUUCACGUUAUUUCGGCGUAGCUGUCAGAUGGAUUGACGUUCUUCAUGUUGAAAAUUUGGAACAUCCUACUCUCUGUGAUCCACUUCGCCACUACAACUUUAAUGCCACCUUGGGGCGAUAUGUUCAAUUCACUGCCUUAACAAAUUACCGCGUGGGAGCAGCAAUGCACUACUUUAGAGUUUACUAGCAUAGUAAAGUGACUAUAACCUUGAUGAGCACUUUAUGGCUCUUGUGACUCUCUAUCGAUUUCAGCUUUUGAGUUAUCAUUAGCAAACCAGCAGGCUAUGUACGUUGUUUAAAGCUCAAUCCUUCCCAUCUUUACAAGGAAGAACACUCGUUUGUUGGUUUAAAAGAUACUGUUUUAGGAAUGGAAGUUUUGAACAAGAGGAUGGGGCUACAAAUUUUCCUUUCUUUUUUCUGUCGAUCAAAGUGGGCCGAAAAUCCGUUACUUGUAUGUUUGCGUGCUGGUCGCAAAAGUAUAAUGGUGUUUUGUAAGCACCUGUUGACUUAGUUAUGGUUUGUCCUCCACUAUCCCGAUAAAUGAAAUGUACACUCAUCGAGAUCUAUGUGAUGUUUGGCUGGAUUUUGCGUCCAGCCACUUUAUUCUUACUGGGCUUUGUAACUAAGGGCGGAUUUACACUAGGAUGGAAAACCAAGAUUGAAUCCGGUUUGAGAA